ACAUGUGAGCGCUCUGAGAGGACUUAGAGACAACUUUUAUUUUCUCAUGUUGUUUUGUGCCGUGCGUGCACAAGCUGGCGAGCCGUUCCCUGCAGGAAUUUACCCUUUUAAAGGAACAUCAGGCUCUUUUCUGUUGGGGAUUUUGUUUGUGUGUGUGUGUGUUCUUGAGGAUAAAUUUUAUUGGUCUCUUUUUUUAUUUGGUUUCUAAAUGUCAAGUUAAACCGUUUAUUCUGAGGAAGGAGUUUGUUAAUUUAUUUUUAAACAACUUUCCUCAUUGUGAUAAUUAAAUUAAAGACAGUUUCAUCUAGGAAUAAUAGUAUAAAAUACCUUUUUUUUUUAGCAGCUUCUGGUGUUUGGAUAAUACAACUAGAUAUACAAACUGUGCUGCAGGGGCACAUUUGCAUUUUUGAAAAAAGAGAAGUCCCCUUUUUCUUCUUUAUUUUGUUUGUAUAUGUUUUUGAAACAAUGAAGCACUUGCAAUUCGUGCUCGUCCUGGCCAUCGCGGUGAACGUGUGGGAAUGUGGGGACGCAAAGUUCGGUGAGAGAGGAGAGUUGAGCCCCAGGAGGAGAAGAUGCUACGACGGAAGCUUGCCCAAGCGUCUGAAGAAAAGGGAGCGAAAAGUGCUGCUUGACGGCAGCAGCAGCGGAGAAGUUUGCCACAGGUUGUACCCCCGUGUGUCCUGUUGUCCCACCAGGAGAGCCACCUAUCAGAUCCUGCACCGCGGGGAUGCCCGGAUUUUCUCCACCAACAACACAGAAUGUGGACAUCUCCUGGAGGAGAUCAAGUGUGCACGCUGCUCCCCCAAUGCCCAGGUGUUGUUCCACUCCUUAGACAUGGAUCGGAUGCCACACAGAGAGCCGGACCUGCCGCGGCUCUGCCAGGACUUCUGCCGGGAGUUCUAUUACACCUGCAGGGGGCACAUACCAGAGCUGUUCCAAGCUGAUGUGGAUGAGUUCUGUCAGUACUAUGGGAGGAGAGGUGCCGGCUUGUGUUUUCCUGAUUAUCAACGAAGGCAACAGCUUGGGCAAGAUUCCAACUACUUGGAAGAUGAGAAAAUAGAAGAUAUCAGCAGGAAACACAAACACAACUGCUACUGUCCUCAGGAGGUGUUGAGUGGUCUGAGGCAGCCGGUGGCUGUGGUGCACUGUGGCGAUGGCUCUCAGCGGCUUUUUGUUGUGGAGAGAGAGGGAAUUGUCAGGAUACUCAACCAUAACCUCGAAGUUAUCAAGGAGCCCUUCUUGGAUCUCCACAAGCUGGUGCAGAGCGGACUGAAGAGUGGUGAUGAAAGGGGCCUGCUAAGCCUGGCAUUCCACCCCAAUUACAAGAAGAAUGGCAAGCUCUACGUCUCCUACACCACCAACCAAGAGCGCUGGGCCAUCGGACCGCACGACCACAUUCUCCGUGUGGUUGAAUACACCGUUUCAAGGAAAAACCCAAACCAGGUGGACACCAGGACUGCCCAUGUGCUGAUGGAAGUGGCUGAGUUGCACAGGAAGCACCUCGGAGGUCAGCUUCUGUUCUCUCCCGACGGCCUGCUGCACAUCAUUCUGGGAGACGGUAUGAUCACUCUGGAUGACAUGGAGGAAAUGGAUGGACUCAGUGAUUUCACAGGGUCCGUCCUGAGGGUGGACGUGGACACGGACAUUUGUACGUCGUCCUACUCGAUACCACGGAACAAUCCGUACUUUAACAGCACUAAUCAGCCGCCUGAGAUCUUUGCACAUGGAUUACAUGACCCAGGCAGGUGUGCAGUGGAUCGGCUGCAGACAGACAACGGCAGUCUGGUUAUCCUCUGCACAGACGCCAGUGGUAAAAACUCAUCGGCAGGAAGAAUAUUAGAAGUUACUAAGGGAAAGGAUUAUGAAAAUGAGCCUUCUGUGUAUGACCUGCAGUCCAGUGGAGGAGCGCCACCUGUGGGGGGCUUCAUCUACAGGGGCUGCCAGUCGAGGAGACUGUAUGGCAGCUAUGUGUUUGGAGAUAGAAACGGUAACCUGCGGAUCCUCCAGAAGUCUCCGUUUGCCACAUCGUCUGACAGCGAGCAGUGGCAGGAAAAGGCUCUGUGUCUGGGCUCGGUUUCCUGCGCCUCUCCCCUCGUGGGGCAUGUCUUGGGUUUCGGAGAGGAUGAACUCGGUGAAGUCUACAUUCUAGCGAGCAGUAAAAGCAUGGCACAGUCACACAGCGGGAAACUCUACAAGUUGGUAGACCCGAAAAGGCCUCAUUCCCCCAAGGAGUGUCAGCGCCCGGUGGAGCCACCAGAGCUACUAACGACAGCUUGCUCCAGAAACUGCAAAAACGGACAUUGCACUCCGACUGGCAAGUGCUGCUGUAGCCCCGGCUGGGAGGGACCCUUCUGCCGAAUAGCUAAAUGUGAACCAGCCUGUCGCAAUGGAGGAGUCUGCAUAGAGCCAAACAAGUGCCUGUGUAAGAGCGGCUACUCUGGCGCUCAGUGCGAGAAGAGUGAGCGAGGGAUGCCCAACGACCAGGAGAAAGACGGCAUCCUGGAUCACAUCAUCGACAUGACCUCGUACCUCUUGGACCUGACCACCUACAUCGUAUAGGGGCGCGCGGAGGGGCCUGCUCCCCGCCGCCACAUUGACACAGAUCUACCUAUCACCGCCAGCAGACUCGUACCAAGGCGUCAUUAACGUGGCUAUGUAAUCUCCCUCACCUGAGUGCAAACGAGCGCACACACACAGAAACACCACAGAUACAUCCGGGAUUCCUUCAGACUGCUUUGGAUCCACUUCCACCCUAAAGAAACUCUCCCCCCUCUCGCCUAUAAGCUAUUUGCGCUGAGCACCGGGCCUGGCAUCCAAGCCGUGUUCACAUUGGAAGAGGCCUGCAGACAUUUCUUCACCCGCUCUCGGCUGUCUCCACAGCUUCAGGAACUUAUCUGGAACGGACCCCACCACACCGAGACUCUGGCUCCUCUUCUUCUUUUUUUUUUUUUCAGGGGCUUACUAAGACCAGUUUCAGGACUUUGUUAGGGAUUAAAAAGCCUGGCUCAGCUCGAGAACAAGUUCAUUCUCAAUCCAUCUGCAAACGCAACACAUUGAAGGAAGAGAAGCCACAUUGAGCCUGCAUUUGCAAAGAUCAUGUUGUACCAUCUAUGUUGUUAUCUUUAGUUAGUGGGCACGUUGUCACGACAACUAAACCAAUCUGCAGUCUGUAUACUUUGUUUUCCACCAUUCAUCUAUUAUCAACAUAGAGAAGAUACGAAGAGGAGCAGCAAAAGCAAAUGAGGUGGAUUAGCAGUGCUAGCUAACAACUGAUGGUGUCAUCCAGGACAUGUCACUGUGGAAUAUCGUCUGAACUGUUAGCAUGUCAGAGGCCUCUUCAGGUUUGUUGCGAGACUGACUGCUAGUGCCCACAGCAUCACCAUCCACAACGGCUCUUUGAAGAUGCCAACAUUUAGUUUACCUUUGAGGUGAAUAAAGUAUUUUUAAAUUGAAUUGAAGAAGCAAAAACACAAAGAACCAAGCGAGUUUCAGGAUUCAGGAUGCGCAUCUGGCUUUCAUGCACUGUAUUCCUUUUAACUUCCUGAAAUGAAUUUUAAGAGUGGCUUGACGUUAAACACCAGAAAAAUCACAGGCUUCCACCAACAAACUGAGUUCAUUGUCACACACUGAAACUAAAACCCAAACUCUAAACUACAAAGGGAAGAAGCAACACGGUGAUGUAUAUUUCCAAUAGAGCUUACUACUUAGCAUCGCAAAAAAAGAAUCUAGCAUUACUCUCGUAGAAGAGAGUUUAUUUUUUUAAUCGUAAUAAUAUAUGGGAGAAUAUGGUGUUUCUAGAAGGCAGUUUUACACUAAGCUUGUCAGGUCAUGUUGUACUUAUAUAUAUAUUGCAGCUUUUAAAGAGACACGUGUGGAUUUUUCUUUCUUUUCUUUUUUUUUUUGUCAGUGUAAACGUAUUGCAUGUCUGUGCCUGCAUAGAAUAACUCACCACAGUUGGGGGAGAACAUCCAUUUCCCCUGACAUAUGAUUAUAUUACCACUGUCAAAAAUGUGUCUCUGUUGUGAGAUGAUCAAAGAUGGAGUCGGGCCUCCGAGUCGCAGUGGAAGUAGCUCACAGUCGGGGCUAGAUCUUAUCCGCCAAGUGCAGAUUUCUGAAUAACCGUAGGGAAAAUAUUUGUCGUGACUAAACUGUCUCGCGAGCAACAAAAAGUUAAACACAGCUGGGAUUGUCAGGAGAUCCAUCAGUGCGUGUUUUUUAGCUGGCUCACGCAGGCAUUCAUGCAUACGCAUACACUCAUUCCUUUAAUUGAUCGUUUUAUUUUGUUUCCCCAAAAGUUAUGAAAAUGAGUCCAGUUCUGUUUAACAGUUUGGAUGGUAAAAUGUUUUUGUUUUGUUUUGUUUUUCUUCUACGUGUACUUUAAAAAGCAACUCCAAUAAAUUCUGUAUUUGUCGUUCAUCUCCUGCUUCGCUCAGCUCUACCUGGGUUUAAUGCAUCAGGAUGGAAUAUUCAUGCUGUAAAAUGAAAUUAAAAAAAAAUCAUAACUUUUUUAGCACUUAAUGUGAAAGUUGCAUUGUAGCUGCUGAGACGGCGUGGUGUGAAUAGAAUAACCGUUUUCAUUAUUUAAGUAGUUACACAAAUAAAAUAAUUAUUUAAGUUCUCUAUUUUGUUUUUACCAUUGUACUGUAUGUGACAUUUUUUUUAUUCCUGUAUUGUAAAUAAAACUAGGGAUAACUCUGUUUCUCCUCGGAAAUAUCAAUAUGUCUAUUAAAGUUUAUAGCAUGUGUUCAA